GGGAAUAAUGGAUCUGUAGUGCCAGGAAGAAUCUCUGCCACCCAAAGGGGAGCUUGAUGAGAUGAAAGCCCAGCUGAGCCGAGAGACAGAGUUAGAUUCCUGGUGACACUGGAGCUUCUUGAUCCAGGUCAUCAGAGCCAGAAUUCCAACCCACGUCUCUCUGACCCCAAAUCCUGCUUCUCUGACCAUGAGGAAUAGUUGCCAGAUUUGGACAUUUAGAGACAAGAGUCUUGGGGCGGGCAGCCCAUGGAGCCGGGGCUGCUGCGGCCAGCGCCAGUGAGCGAGGUUAUCGUCCUGCAUUACAACUACACCGGGAAGCUCCGCGGUGCGCGCUACCAGCCCGGCGCGGGGCUGCGCGCCGACGCCGUCGUGUGCCUGGCCGUGUGCGCACUCAUCGUACUCGAGAACUUGGCCGUGCUGAUCGUGCUCGGACGCCACCCGCGCUUCCAUGCGCCCAUGUUCCUGCUCCUGGGUAGCCUCACGCUGUCCGACCUGCUGGCGGGCGCCGCCUAUGCAGCCAACAUCCUGUUGUCGGGGCCUCUCACGCUGCGCCUGUCGCCCGCGCUCUGGUUCGCUCGUGAGGGUGGCGUCUUCGUGGCGCUCGCCGCGUCCGUGCUGAGCCUCUUGGCCAUCGCGCUCGAGCGCCUCCUCACCAUGGAGCGCCGGGGACCCGCUCCCGCCGCCCGUCGGGGGCGCACGCUGGCGCUGGCGGCCGCGGCCUGGGGCGUGUCGCUGCUCCUCGGGCUACUGCCCGCGCUCGGCUGGAAUUGUCUCGGCCGUCUGGACGCCUGCUCCACGGUCCUGCCGCUCUACGCCAAGGCCUACGUGCUCUUCUGCGUGCUCGCCUUUGUUGGCAUCCUGGCUGCCAUCUGCGCACUCUACGCGCGGAUCUACUGCCAAGUGCGCUCCAAAGCGCGGCGCCUGGGGGCCCACCCCGGGGCUGGCGAGGGUGCCUCGACCCGCGCACGCCGCAGGCCGCGCUCGUUGGCGCUGUUGCGCACGCUCAGCGUGGUGCUCCUGGCCUUCGUGGCUUGUUGGGGGCCACUCUUCCUGCUGCUCUUGCUGGACGUGGCGUGCCCGGCGCGCGCCUGCCCUGUGCUCCUGCAGGCGGACCCCUUCCUGGGCCUGGCCAUGGCCAACUCGCUUCUGAACCCCAUUAUCUACACGUUCACCAACCGCGACAUGCGCCAAGCGCUCCUGCGCCUCCUCUGCUGCGGCCGCCGCUGGUGCAGCCUAGGCCCGGUUGCCUCCCAGCCGUCGGGGAGCCCCCCUGGGGUUUCGGGUGGCCUGCAGCGCUGGCUGCCUCCUGGCCUGGAUGGCAGCUCCAGCCACUCCGAGCGCUCGUCACCCCAGCGGGACGGGCUGGACACCAGCGGCUCGAAAGGCAGCCCUGGCGCGCUCACAGCCGCCUGGACCCUGGUACCCCCUCCAGACGCAGACUGAUGCCCUUUGGUCCUGCCACUGGCCUCCCUAAGAGCUCUUUCGCAGACUUUCUUGCUAAAUAAAGGAAUUUAUAGGAAAAGCAGCUGAAGAUGGUGGAGGCAGAAAAGACGCAGGAGAAUGUAUUUUAUUGACCCUUUUAAACCCCACGGCAAUGAACAAAACAGACAAAAAUCCCUUCCCUUGUGGGAUUGAUGUUCUGGUGGCGGACAUAGACAAUAACGGAAUGAAGAGGUAUGGAGAUAAUUCCAGUGACAAUACAGUGAUGCGAUGGUGGUCAGGGGAUGCCUCUCUGCAGAGGUGGUGACAUGUGACGUGAGAUGGACUGUCCUGGGAACUUCUGAAGGAAGAUCAUUUCAGGGUGGGGCUGCAAAGGCCCUGAGCCUAGAAUAUGCCUGUGUGUUCUCUGAAAAGCACACAUGUCAAUGUGGCUGGAGCAGAGGAUGGCGAGGGAGAGUGGGAGGAAACAAAGGCAGGGAAAUAAUGGGACAGAUGGGGCAGGGACUUAUGAGCCCAGGGGAGGACUUUCUUUUGCUCUGAGUGAAGUGGGAUUCAUGGAGGGUUCUAGGCAGAGGAGGGACUUAAUCUGGCUCACGUGUUUACAGAUGCCUCUGGUCUCUGUGGAGGGUGAAGCUAGGAGAACAAGGUGAUGGUGACUGCACUGGCCUAGGGGAGUGAUGAUAAGGAAUCAGACCGUGUGGAUUCUCCAUGGAUUUGGGAGGUAUUGGACAGAAUUCCGGAGGAAAUUGGGUGUGGGGGAGAAAGGAGUCAAGGACAGCUCUUCACUCUAGAGGAGAGACCAAAGACAGGGCACCCUAAAAUUUGACUCUUGGAGACUCAGCCAAUUCCUAUCUGAAACAAGAUUUGUUUGAAUGUGGUGUCAGAUCC